CGCACCUUCGUCUUCCAUCUCCCAUAUGCCUCAGGAGCAGUAUACGGCAGCAUGUUCAAGAGGGCGAAAUGCGAAGCGGAGAGAGAAAAAGUCGCGGCAGAAGCGAGCGAGCCGGUUCGAUGAUUGAUCUACAGCGCCAGCUUGACAUUACGGUACAGCGGAAAAUUCGCUAAAGACUGAAGUCAGGACCCUCAGGUAUCUGUCUGUUACCUAUGAUCUUCCAACAACCUCGUGGGGGUGGCUGGCCCAGGGUCAGGACUGUUCUUCUGCGGGCCGUGAGCCGUAAUAAGCUGUCCGUCCUGUCGCUAUCUGCCUCUUCUUCAUCUUUCAGAGGCUCAGAAGCCAUUGUCUUCGUGGCUUCCUCAGACCAGAGUUGUGCUCUAUUCCGACACGAGGUUGAAAGGGGACGGAAACCCGCGCGGGUCGGACGGACUGCCGAGCCAUCCCCUCAAAGUCUUAGGUACGGUCGUAUCUCUGUACAUUUUCGCUGUCGUUGUGAGUGAGUUGGUCGAUAUCGAACAGACCACGGCUCGAGAGGCUCGAAC